UUUUUUUUACGCUUGAGUUUUUACGAUUGAGAUACGCAUUAUGAAAUUGAAAUGAAAUGAAUAUGUUUGAAAUAUUUUACGGAAAUGGGAACGGAAGUUUUAAUGCAAUCCAAUGCAGUGAUAAAACAAUAGGCUUCUAACCUCAACUUGUAUCUAACAUAACUUUAACCUAACUUUAUGCUAUCACCAAUUGACUAUAUCAAUUUCACAGACGUAUGCUUAGGAACGAUGAAAGGGACUCGUUGGAAUGCAUAAAUCCCAGUUUUCCUCAUUGCUUUUUAUUUGCGUGUGCAUAACAAUAUUUAUAUACGAUGAAUCAUAUACGUGAGUGUCGCUGGUGCUAACUGCGCAUACAGCGCGAAUUGUUCCUCCAUUUGUGCGAAUAUCGGACUUGUAUUUUGAGCGAUCUUGCAAAACGUUGGUUGUCAUUGAACAUCGAUGUCAAAUUAAUGAAUUUCUUAUAAGGAAUUUGUCGUGAACACGUGUGAAAUCGGUAUUCACGUUAAUUGCAAUUAAUAACAUCAAUUAAUGAGCUGUGUUGUUUUGUUCAGGAAUAUUGUUUUUAUAUACAUAUACUCGAUGUAAAUAUGUGACAUAUAUUUUUAAUUGUAAUCCAUCAUCACCUCAUCUCGAAUUCAACAUUAAUCUGCCUUAAGGAUAUAUAAUACUUUGUGAGUAUUCUUUGAUCGACCUAUUAAAAUGGAAAACGAAGAGUGCUUUGAACCAAUCUUGAGCUCUGAGGAGGAAGACAAUUUUCAAAAGUUGAACACUAUACCAAUCGUGUUGAUUCCAUGGUUUUUUGGAGUCUGUAUUCUAAUUUGUGGGAUUACGUUUAUAUCUUUAUGGUCAGAGGAAUGGUACAAAUGUGAAACGUAUUUUAUAUACUUGUACUUUCACUGUGCCUAUUGGCUAAUAGUAAUGACAAUAGAUCAUGUUAUUAAGAUCAAACAUCAUAAUUUACGUAUUAAUGGAUACCUAGAAUUCUAUCAAUCGACAUAUCAACUUAUAAGGAUGCCUCUUUUCAUCACAUCGUUGUGGAACACGUGCUACUUAUUUCUAGUUGUGAUUUUGCAUCACACGCAUAAAGAUGACUAUGAACAGUAUUGCAGAACGUCCAAGUGGAUCGCACCAAUUAGUUAUAUUUGUUUCCUAAGUACUUUGGAACUCGUGAUAGUACUCGCGAUUUAUACGAGUUAUAUGGAAAAAGUUAUGAAAUUCAAUCAAUUACGUCCACCGCCCGAUGUCACUCGCGAUGAAUGGCUGUCGCCCUUUACACAGGAUUCCUAUUCUGGAAUGGGGGAAGUUGGGUAUCGUCAGAGGGGAAGGAAUUUAGAGGAAUUAUUAGAAAAACAGACAGACAUGAUAAGAUACCUGAAGGAUCACAAUGUAAAGCUAUGUCAUAGAAUAAUGUUAUUAACAUCUCAACGUAGAACAACAGAAACUUAAAACAAUAAGAAUUGUGAUUACAUAUCUCUCGAAUGAAAAAGACGCUUAUUAUUAUUUAUGUGAUGUUUUUAUCAGAGAUCAAUAUUUUUCAAUUCUUUAUACAUAAUACGUCUUUUAAAAAAAUUUAAUUAAUUAUUCAAUAAUGAACAUUAUAUAUUUAGAAAAUUUAAAUUGCAUAAAUUAAGAAUAUUUAUUAAUUUGUUAAAAAUACUUUUCUUUUCUGGCAUUUCACAAUUAUUUAAGUUAUAAAAAGUUACUUCUGUUUUACAUAACACUUUAAGACAUGUCUAUCUGCUGCA